GUCCUCUAUGCGGGUCUUAUCGUAACCGAUAAAGGUGUGCAAGUAUUGGAAUACAACUGUCGUUUUGGAGAUCCAGAAACAGAAGUUUUGUUGCGCUUAUUGGAUUCAGAUCUGUACACGAUUCUGAUGGCGUGUUGCGAUGAGAGACUGCAUUCAGUUGAUGUGCGAUGGUCAAGCGAUUACGUCUGCGGUGUUGUACUCGCAGCUGGUGGUUAUCCGCAUUCCUAUCCAAAAGGCAACACGAUCGCAGUAAAAACAAACGGUGGACGGGUUCUAUGCGUUACAUCGAAAGCACUUUCAAUGGAUGAAGCACGCAAUCUUGCUUAUGAUACUGUGAACAAAAUUGAUUUCGAAGGAAAAACGUUCAGAAAAGAUAUUGGAUUGAAAUAUGCAACUAAAAGAACACUAGCAUAUGCAGAUAGUGGUGUGAAUAUCAGCGAAGGUAAUUUGCUAAUCGAAAAAAUAAAAUCGAUCUGUUCACGAACCAAACUUCCAUCAACUGACUGUAUUGGUGGAUUUGGUUCUGUUAUCGAUUUGUCGGUUGCUGGUUUUAGUAAUGCGCAAUUGGUGAUUGGAAUGGACGGUGUUGGAACCAAAAUUGCGAUAGCUGAUGAGAUGGGCGAUUAUUCGGGAAUAGGAUACGAUUUAGUUGGUAUGUGCGUCAACGAUGUGUUAUGCCACUGCUCACAGCCACUGGCAUUUCUUGAUUAUUAUGUUUGCGGUCAACUGAACGCAUCCACUGCCGCAAACAUCAUCGAUUCAAUCGCUUCUGCUUGUCAGUCAUCGAACUGCGCUCUCGUCGGUGGUGAAACAGCUGAAAUGCCUGGUGUCUACAGUCGUAAUCAGUGGGAUUUAGCGGGAGUUUGUGUUGCUGUUCGAGAUCCAAAAUGGCCGUUGCUACCACUAAAAGAGAAAAUUACCGAUGGUAAUGUUUUAAUUGGUAUAAAAUCAAACGGUCUGCACAGCAAUGGCUAUUCGCUGGAUUGUUUGUCAUGGCCAAAAGACGAAAUAUUUCAAUGGCUAAAGAAUAUUGGACCAGUUGAGCCAUGCGAAAUGAUGAGAACAUUCAAUUGCGGUAUUGGAAUGGUGCUUGUGACGAAAGACGAGCACACGAAUCAGGUUAUGGAGUUGUUGACGAACAACGGUGAAAAAGCUUUUAUUAUUGGAAAAACUGACAGGCGAUUGAAAGGAGAAGAUCAGAUCGAGUUACUCAAUUUACGCAGUUGUUUCAGUGAGAAAUACAGUUCACCAGUACCGAAGAAAAAAAUUAACGUCGCAAUUCUUAUCUCUGGAACCGGCUCAAAUAUGAUGCGAUUGAUUGAAAGCAGUCUUGAACCGAUGAGUGAAUGUCGAAUUGCUGUUGUCAUAAGCAAUGUAUCUAACGCGAAAGGUAUUCUGACUGCACAGUCAAUGGGUAUUCAUACAAAAGUGAUUCCAAGUAAAGGAUCGUCAUCAAGAGAAGCUUUCGAAGCACUCAUCACCCAGGAACUGGAACUAUGUGAAGUGGAUUUGAUUUGUUUGGCUGGAUUUAUGCGCAUCUUAACAGCAUCGUUCGUGAGACGUUGGAAUGGUCAUAUAAUAAAUAUUCAUCCAUCCUUAUUGCCCGCAUUCAAGGGCUCUCAAGCGGUACCACUUGCCUUGCAGCACAAAGUCAAAAUAGCCGGAUGUACUGUUCACUUCGUCAAUGGUUGA